AUGUCAUCCGACCCAAGAAAAGGGAUGGAGACCAUCAAGCACGAGGGCGCAGGGGAGAACACCGCGCAGCCAAACAGCGAGGCAAAAAUGAGCCCCCGGCCCAAGCACGGCGUUCGCUUCUGGGGAAUCUUCGUGUCGUUGUGCCUGCUCGCCUUCAUCUCGGCCCUCGACGUGGCCAUCAUCACAACGGCACUGCCCACCAUCACGGCCGAGGUUGGCGGAGCACGGCAGUACGUGUGGAUCGCCAACUCGUUUGUCGCCGCCUCGUGCGUGCUGCAGCCGCUCUUCGGGCAGCUUGCCGAUGCCUUCGGCCGCCGCGGCCCGCUCGUGGCCGCCGUCUCCCUCUUUGCCCUCGGCAGCGCCCUCGGCGGCGCCGCCCAGAGCGUCGCCAUGCUGCUGGCCGGCCGCACCAUCCAGGGCGCCGGCGCCGGCGGCAUGUAUGUCCUGCUCGACAUUGUCUGCUGCGAUCUCGUGCCGCUACGAGAGCGCGGCAAGUACCUUGGCUUGCUGUUCUCAUGGUCGGGCGUCGCAGCUGCCAUUGGGCCCCCCGUUGGCGGCGCUCUGGCCGCGUCCAACUGGCGCUGGAUCUUCUACCUCAACCUCCCCUUCUGUGGCCUGUCUUUCGCCGGUCUGCUUCUCUUUAUGAGCGUCGGGACCGGCAAUCAACUCGAUUAUGUCGGCAACCUCAUCUUCAUCCCCAGCACCGUCUCCUUGCUCAUCGGACUCGUCGAGGGCGGUGUCGAGCGCCCGUGGUCGUCAUGGCGCAUCAUCGUCUUCCUUGCCAGCGUGCCCAGCGUGCCGCCGCGGCUAUUUGGCAACCGCACAUCAGCCACGGCGCUACUACUGACCUUUACGUCGUCGGUGCUUGUCCAGGCCAUCUCUUACUUCUUUCCCGUUUACCUACAGGCCGUCCAAGGCACGACGGUUCAGGAGUCAGGCACCUUCUUCCUGCCCUUUGCCAUGGGCUCGCUGGUCUUCGCCAUCCUGGGCGGCAUCCUGCUCAGCACUCUCGCCUUGGCCUUCGGUCUGUUCACUCGUCUUGACGCUGUCACGCCCAAGGUCGCCUGGGUCUUGUUCCAGCUCGUCAACAGCGCCGGCGCCGGACUCGUCAUGUCCACCCUGCUGCCCGCCGUCAUGGCUCCGCUUCCGGAGACAGACGUGGCGGCAGCCGCGGCCACGUAUAGCCUCGUCCGCACCUUUGGCUAUAUCUGGGGCGUCGUUAUGCCCGGCGUCAUCUUCAAUGCCGUUUUCGACAAGAACCUCGAUCACAUCUCCAAUGAGUCGCUCCGGUCUCAGCUACAGGGAGGCGCUGCCUACUCGUUUGCAAGUCAGGCGCAUGCACUGUACAAUACACCCAACCCCGUCGUUUGGGGCCAGGUCCUCGACGUCUACACACAGAGUCUGAGGCGCGACGUGGAGCUGAGAAAACAGCUAGACACUGAUUAUGGCCUCGAAGAGAAUAAAGAGGCUGUAGUACCGAGUACCGAGGAGGACGAGAGUAAGAAGAGUAAAGAGGUAUCAGCGAGGGCUUAA